CCACGACGCCAUUACAGCUUGUGAACUUCCAUCCAAGCAACCGCCGCCUCCGCACGUCACAUGGCGAGACCAACCGUUUCACCUCUUCUCCUCCUCAUCCUCCUCCUCCUCCUCAUCCUCGCGGCAGCGCCCGCCUCCGGCGCCGCAUCAGCAGCAGGGGCCGCUGGCGAGCUGACUCUGGGGUGGAACCCUGGCGCCGGAUCGGGCUGCCGCGGGAGCAUCGGGGAGUGCCUCGCCGGAACGGAGUUCGAGCUCGCGUCGGAGGCCAGCCGCCGCAUCCUCGCCCGCUCCUACUACAUCAGCUACGCCGCCCUCCGCCGCGACAGCGUCCCCUGCUCCCGCCGCGGCGCCUCCUACUACAACUGCCGCCCCGGCGCCCAAGCCAAUCCCUACUCCCGCAGCUGCUCCGCCAUCACCCGCUGCCGAAGGUAAAUCAGAUCGAUCGAUCGAACUCCGUCUCGUUGUAUCCAGUGCCACAAUUCUUUCUCCAAUUUCUUCAUGGAUCGUGUUCUUUCAUAAUUUGGUACUACCGUAAACAAAUUAAAUUUCUCUUUUUCAUGUCAGUAAUUCAUCAGUAAUUAUAUUUUGAGUCGUCGAGAACCGAUGAUGUACGAUAUAUUUUCAUCGUUUUAUAUAUAUAAAAAAUUCGUAUGGACGUGAAAUUAUAUUUGAA